UUUUUGUUUGUUAUUUAAAAAUGGCUUUUAUUAUUUUAUAUCCAGCUGUAGCUGCUUUAGCUUUAUUCAUUGUGGGUGUUAUUAUUAUAAUGUUACGUUUUGGACCACGACUCUGUGGUCUAAGACAUCAUGCCUUGCCCGACAGUGAAGAGUAUCGUGAGCGUGCCUACGAUCAUGAAAUCAGUUAUGCUUGAUAUAUAUAAUUUACAAGUUUUAUUUAAAUUUUUAAAUUAUUUCAAUACUACUUUAUCCCUCCAUUUUGUUUUAAUGUUUUUUAAGUGCCUUUUUAUAAAUAAACUAUUCUUGUAAGCAGCUUUGUUAGAAUUUAAGUGGAAGAGAGCGAAGAAACAGUUUUUUCUUAAGUAUUGAUAUAUUAUCUGCUUUUAUUUAAAUGUUUCUCAGCUUUUAAAUUAAAAUUUUGGCAAUUAGUUUUUUUGUUUCAGAAUGUUAUGAAAGUAAUUUUCAAUUAUGUAUUUGUUUUUACUCAAUUUUAAAGAAAUUUCCUAAGCAGAUUGAUUCUCUUAAAUUCUAAUUUGUUUUCAACAACUGCUUAUUAGGUAUUAUUUAUCUUAAAUGUAUUUACAUUAUUUAUAUUUGUAGCAUUUAUAUAAAAAUCCAUUCCGUCCAGUUUAAAUUUAACAAAAAAAAAUUUUAAACCUUCACAAAUUAUAGUAGUAAGCCUAACAUAUCACAUU